GUAGCAAGGAGAACGCCGCCGUUAACCACCUCCAAAUCGCCGAUCUCCCCUCCUCUUCCUCUUCUUGCCCUCGUGCUAUUCUGAAACCCUAACCGAUCCCCGCGUUCCCCCCUCCCAACAAUUCUAUCCUAUUUCCUCGUUUUGCCCCUCGGGCACUCUGGUUCGCCCCCCUGGUCCCGUUUCUUGAUCCCGUCUUCGCGUGGCAUUGGCGCCGGCGUGGUCGUAGGCCGACGGAGACCUCGAAUUUGGAUCGGACGGGCGGAGCCACGGCCGCCGGUGGCGGCGCCGGCGGAUGGCGCUCUUCAGGAGGCUCUUCUACCGGAAGCCGCCCGAUCGGCUUCUGGAAAUUACCGAGAGGGUCUACGUGUUCGAUUGUUGCUUUUCUUCGGAUAUUAUGGAAGAAGAUGAUUACAGGAAGUACAUGGAUGACAUUGUUACUCAACUUCAUGAGCAUUUCCCUGAUGCUUCAUUUUUGGUAAUCAACUUCAAGGGUGAAGUCGAGAGCAAAAUUUCAGAUAUCUUGGCCCAAUAUGGCAUCACUGUCAGGGGGUACCCUCGCCAUUAUGAAGGGUGUCCAGUGCUUCCUUUGGAGAUAAUUCACCACUUCUUGAGGUUAUGUGAGAACUGGCUAACUUUGGAAAGGCAGCAAAAUGUCUUGCUAAUGCAUUGUGAGAGAGGAGGAUGGCCUAUUCUUGCAUUUAUGCUUGCAAGUCUUCUGCUUUACAGGAAACAUUACAGCGGGGAACAAAGGACUCUGGAAAUGGUGUAUAAGCAGGCUCCGAAGGAGCUCCUUCAGAUUUUGUGUCCAUUGAACCCACAAUCUUCGCAUCUUAGAUAUCUCCAAUACAUAACUAGAAUAGGCAGUGAGACAUGGCCUCCGCAGGAUACUCCUUUCACAUUGGAUUGCCUAAUUCUGAGAGUUAUUCCGAAUAUUGAUGGAGAAGGGGGUUGCAGGCCUAUAGUACGUGUCUAUGGUCAAGACCCUCUGUUCCCAGCUGACAGGAGUUCUAAGGUUCUUUUCUCGACAGCAAAGACAAAGAAACAUGUUCAGCAUUUCAGACAGGCCGAGGAUGCACCAAUAAAAUUAAAUGUCCGCUGCUGUGUUCAAGGUGAUCUGGUCCUUGAAUGCAUCAAUGUGGAUGAGUAUCUGGAAGAUGAGGAGCUAAUGUUCAGGGUAAUGUUCAACACGGCCUUUAUACAGUCUCAUAUUUUGCUGUUGAAUCCUGAGGAUAUAGACAUUCCUUGGGAAGCUGAAGACCGCUUCUCGAAGGACUUCAAAGCAGAGGUACUCUUUUCAGAGUUUGAUGCUGAGUCUGAUACUUCCACGGGAACGGGAGCAACGGAUGAGGUUGAGAUGGAAGUUGGCUCAACAGAGGAGUUCUUCGAGGCAGAAGAGAUCUUCAGCAGCCCUGACUGGCAUGAUGGACAGAAGGAUCUCGAUAUUCAGACAGCUGUAUUUUCAAACACACUAGAAACUUUCAGUCCAAGAUCUGAAAUGUCAAAUCCUGAAGCUGAUGGACGGAGCCAGUUAGAAUCUUUUUAUUCUGAACAAGUGACUCUUGUGGAUGAAGAAACUCUGGUUCUAGAUUUACUUACAGGGGUAAGCAUGGACUUAGACCAUGCUGAUCAUGAAAAUAACCCUGGUGUAAAGGCAUUGAACACUCUGGAUGAUAUGUUUAAUGAAGCAAAGAGCACGACUUUGGCAGGUGAAGAGAGUACAUCAGACAACUCCAAACAGGAUACUACUGACAACAUUAGUCUAGCAGUUGAAGAGAUAACCUCAUCAGCAAGUAGCAGUUUUGAACAGGAUAGAGUAUGGCAAAGGGCAAUAUUGACUUCAGAUCAUGUGGCUCAUGAAUUAGGGGUCUCAUUUUUGGCAGAUGACCAAAUGAGCAGCCGAAGUGUUAGAGAUUCCAUAGAGGAUACAGGGAAUAAUUCAGAUGAAGUUAGGUGCAAAGUAGAAAUGUGUGAUGUCACAAAUAAUACAAGAAACUUUGCCACUGAAAAUAGGACAGAUUCUGGGUUAGCAUAUCAGAGGUUGGAUUCUGAUAUUGAAGUCCAGAAUUCUGAGAAGCUCAAGCAUCAUAUGUCAAAUGAAGCACUUACAGUCGACAUUGGACAAUCUCCUUUCUCAGUUUUAUACAAAGAGAAGGAUGAAAAGCCGGAGCCAUUAGGCAAUUCCAUAGAAUUAUUAAACAAAAGGACAAUAUCUCAGUCAUUCCAUCCAAGCCGAGGCAUCGAUGCAAUUUUGGUGGAUGCAUCAUCUCAACCUGAAAUUCAAUUUGCAGGAAAAACUGUAAGUACAUCCAGAGUUACUGCUACAAGUAUGACAAUAACCGGUUCGUCUCCAUCAGAACCAUUGUCACCACCUUCAACUGAGGCACUUCUUGAGGCAUCAUCUACUCCAUGUACAGGUCCUCUUUUUGUUUCAAUACAACCAUCCAACUCACCCACUCUUUCGGUUGCUUCACCUCUUUCAUCCACACCUCCACCUCCACCUCUGCCUCCACCUCCAUCUUCACCACAUAUAUAUUCACGAAUUAGGAGAAAAGUCCCUCCCCAUCCAUCAUUGCUUGCCUCCUAUGGAGCCUUGUCAUUUGCUCUAUCUCGACCUUUACAAAUACAUGAUGUAUUCCAAAAUCCUGACCAACAUCUUGGUCCUCAAAUGAUAUGUGAUUCUGUUGCCAUAAGUGCUACUUCAUCUUCACAUUUACCUCACCAACCUCCAUCCAUGCAACUAGACUCUUUGUCGUUGCCUCCUUUGUUACCUUCUCAAGGCCAAUCACUCCCUUCACCUCAUCAUCUGUCUCAUUCAUCGCCACCUACAGCUAUAAUACCAUCCUCCAACUAUCCCCUAGAACUUUCCCCUCCCCUUGCUUCAAGUACUCUUUUUCCACCAUCCCCUCAUUCUAGUAACACCAUAUAUGACCCUUCACAUCUCUCAUCAACAGAGCCUGAAAGUGGAUUAAACAAAAUCUCUGAUCCUUCUCCCCCUACCUCACUUCCUUCCUCAUCUCCUCCUGGACAAAAUGUUGACAUAUUCAUUUCUCCUCUGUCAAAUUUAUCCACAAAAAAGGAUCCAUUUGAUCCACCACCAGUAGCUGCUUCACCACCACCAAAUACAAUUUGGCAUAACAUACCAAUGUUUGCUAACAUUACACUGUCUGAUCCACCUUUUACUCAUGGAGGUCCCUCACCAACAUGUUCACUCCAUGAUGAAAGCAAGGAAGUUCUAGCAGCAUCACAAGAUUUUGCAUCAUAUUCAUGUUCUCUACAACUAUCACCAUCUAAGGCUAUAUGUAAAGGCGUUCCACCUCCAUCUCCACCUCCUCCCCCUCAUCCGACAACUCCACCUAGACCUCAGCAUCCACCUCCUCCACCACCUCCAUUAGGCCUCCCUGAACCACAUACAAGAGCAACACCUCUAACUUUAUCCCCACCUCCACCUCCAACAAAUUCCCACAGAGCACAUAUAAGAGUUCCUCCUCCACCUCCACCUCCUUUGUUCCCUCCAACUCUAAGAGAUCUCCCUAAAGGACAUAUAAGAUCUCCAUCAUCCUCUUAUCUGGAAGUUGACAAAAGCUCAUUGAUUUUACCAACAUCUCUACCUCCUCAAGCAGAUGAACAUGGAAUUGCUCCAAAUCCAAAACCAUUCACUAUAGUACAUGAAACAACCACACCUGCAACCUCUUCUCCCAUGGAACAUAUAAUGUCUCCUCCACCACCUCAGGGAGCCUCACUUCCAUUGCCAUUAAUUGGAGAAAAUGGGAAGGCUCCACCGCCACCAUCUUUUCUUGAAAAUUUUGGGCAAUCUCCACCUCCACCAUCUCUUCCUGGAAGUUAUGAACGACCUCCACCUCCGCCACCUCCACCACCUCCCCUUCGAUGUUGUGGAGGAGCAUCUUUGCCACCUUUACUUGGAGAUACUGGCGAAGCACCAUCUUCACUAUCAUUCGUUGGAGCAUUCGAGAAAGCUCAAAGCCCACCACCUCACCCAAAAGAUCAUAUGCAAGAUCCACCUCCAGAACCACCCCCUCCACCGCCUCCCCCAGGAGGAGGUCUAUUUGCUCCUUCACCUCUAUUGCUUCACCUUAAAGGAGGUCAGGGAGGCAUAUCCAUUCCUCUACUUUCGGCACCUCAUCUUGGAGGACACCAUGUAGGUGUACCUAUUCCACCUCCACCACCUCCCCUUAGAGAUGUCAUCUCUCCACCUUUACUAUCACACCAUAGAGUUGUAUCUGCUCCUCUAUCUACCCGCGAAGGUGUAUCAACUGAUUCGUCUUCUCCCAUGGUGCAGAGAGGUGUAUCAGCUCCUCCACCUUCGUCGUCUCCCUCUGGAGGUGUAUCUUGUCCUCCACCUCCACCCCCACUUCCAACUCCACCUCCUAGUGAUGUAUUCAUUUCACCUUCACAGCCUCCUUCUAGAGUUGUAUCUAUUUCUCCACUAUCGUCGCCUCCCUUCGGAGUUGUACAUGCUCAUCCUCCGCCCCCUCCACCCACUCCACCGCCUUUGGCCCCACCUCCACCACAUUCAAUCCCACCUCCUAUUGAUGUAUUUAUUUCACCUCCGCAGCCCCCUUCUCGAUUUGUAUCUAUUCCAUUGCUGUCGCCUUCCACUGGAGUUGUACAUGCUCAUCCUCCACCACUUUCACCUCUACCGCCUCUAUCUGGAGUUGUAGUUGCUCAUCCUCCACCACCUCCACCUCUGCCGCCUCCCUUCAGAGUUCUAGUUGCUCAUGUUCCACCACCGCCACCUCUAUCGCCUCCCUUUGGAGUUAUAGUUGCUCAUCCUCCACCACCUUCACCUCCAACUCCACCACCUCCACCUCUACCUCCACCUCCACCUCCAUUGCCAUCCUUUGGAGUUGUAUCUCCUCCUUCACCGUGGCCUCCCCUUGGAGGAGCCAUGUCUACUCCUCCGUUGCCACCGCCUCCUCCUAAAGGAGUUGUGUUUGCUCCUCCUAUGUCGCCUCCCUCUAGAGCAAGUGUAUCCACUCCUCCGCUGCCUCCCCUUGGAAGUGUAUCCACUCCUCCACCUUCACUGCCUCCUCUCAGAGGAGAUGUAUCUACACCUCCACCUCCAUCGCCUUCCCUUGGAGCAAAUGUAUGUACCCCUCCACCUCCACCUCCAUCUCCACCUCCAUCGCCUUCCCCUGGAGCAAAUGUAUCUACCCCUCCACCUCCACCUCCACCUCCGCCUCCACCUCCACCUCAAUCGCCUUCCCUUGGAGCAAAUGUAUGUUACCCUCCACCUCCACCUCCACCUCCGCCUCCACCUCCAUCGCCUUCCCUUGGAGCAAAUGUAUGUUACCCUCCACCUCCACCUCCACCUCCACCUCCACCUCCAUCGCCUUCCCCUGGAGCAAAUGUAUCUAUCCCUCCACCUCCACCUCCACCUCCGCCACCAUUGUCUCCUUCUGAAGGAGGUGUAUUUGGUCCACCUACAACACCUCCUCCUAGAGGAGGUGUAUUCGCACCACCACCUCCACCGCCUCCCAUUGGAGGAGGUGUAUUUGCACCACCCCCUCCACUGCCUCCCCUUGGAGAAGGUGUAGUCGCAUCGCCACCUCCACCGCCUCCCCCUGGAGGAGGUGUAGUCACACCGCCACCUCCACCGCCUCCCGCUGGAGGAGGUGUAGUCGCGCCGCCACCUCCACCGCCUCCCCUUGGAGGGGGCGUAUUUGUGCAACCACCACCUCCUCCGCCUACCCCCGGAGGAGGUGUAUUCGUGACACCACCUCCACCGCCUCCCCCUGGAGGAGGUGUAUUUGCUCCACCUCCACUUCCUCCCCCCGGAGGAGGUGGGCAAGCUCCACCACCACCUCCCCCUGGAGGUGUAUUUGCUCCACCUCCGCCACCUCUCCCCGGAGGCUGUGGCCAAGCUCCACCUCCUCCACCUCCCCCUGGAGGAGCUGUGUCUACUCCUCCACCUCCACCCAGGGCUCCUGGUGCUCCACCCCCACCAAGGGCUCCAGGUGCUCCACCUCCACCUGGGGCUCCAGGUGCUCCUCCGCCUCCUCAAGCUGGCAUAAGAGGCUUACCUCCAAAUUCCAUGGCUGGGGGAAGGGGAAACAUGCUUGCACGUCCUGGAGGACCAGGUAUGUCAGCAGCCCGAAGGUCACCAUUUAAGCCAUUGCAUUGGGUGAAAGUAUCAAGAGCCAUGCAAGGAAGCUUAUGGGCCGAGUUACAGAAACAUGCUGAUGCUCACAGCACUUCAGAAUUUGAUGUGUCAGAACUUGAAAGUCUCUUCUCUGCAGUAGUUCCAAAGUCAAAGGAUAGCUCAAAAUCUGACGGCCGACAAAAAUCUGCUGGAUCUAAAUCUGAUAAAGUUCACCUGAUCGAACUAAGGCGAGCCAAUAAUACUGAAAUCAUGCUGACAAAAAUCAAGAUGCCACUGUCUGAUAUGAUGAGUGCUGUUCUUGCGUUGGACGAUUCACUUCUUGAUGCUGAUCAAGUAGAAAACUUGAUAAAGUUUUGUCCCACCAAAGAGGAAAUGGAACUUCUUAAGGGCUACAGUGGCAACAAGGAAAACCUUGGGAAAUGUGAGCAGUUCUUUUUGGAGUUGAUGAAAGUACCACGGGUUGAAUCCAAACUACGGGUAUUUGCAUUCAAGAUUCAGUUCAACUCACAAAUUUCAGAUAUUAGAAAGAUUUUGCACACUGUAGAUUCUGCUUGUGAAGAGGUCCGGGGCUCUGAGAAAUUAAAGGAAAUAAUGAAGAAGAUUCUGCAUCUUGGAAAUACACUAAACCAGGGAACUGCAAGAGGUUCUGCUGUCGGUUUUCGUUUGGAUAGCCUUCUUAAACUUUCAGAUACCCGUGCGACUAAUAACAGGAUGACCUUGAUGCAUUACUUAUGUAAGUUUCAGGUCCUUGCUGAGAAGUCAGCACAUCUUUUGGACUUUCAUGAGGAUCUUGUCAGUUUGGAAGCUGCAUCAAAGAUACAACUGAAGUCAAUGGCUGAAGAGCAGCAAGCCAUCGUCAAAGGGUUAGAGAAGGUUGAAUUGGAACUAACUGCUUCAGAAAGUGAUGGUCCAGUAUCAGAAAUCUUUUGCAAAACUUUGAAGGAGUUCACUGCUGUUUCUGGUGCAGAAGUGCGAUCCUUGACAUCACUUUAUAAUGCAGUCGGUAAAUAUGCAGAUUCACUUGCAAUGUAUUUUGGUGAAGAUCCUGCACGCUGCCCGUUUGAACAAGUGGUCUCUACUCUUCUUAAUUUUGUGCGGAUAUUCCGAAAGGCACACGAUGAGAACCGCAAGCAGGCCGAACUUGAGAAGAAGAAAGCCCAGAAAGAGGCCGAAACAGAGAAGUCCAAAGAGGCAAACAUAGCAAAAAAUGUUUCUAGAUGACAUCUAGUUUGCCUGCCCUUGCAUGACUUCUCACCUUGUGCUUGGGAUACAUGCUGUUUUGGCCAGCAACCAAGCAUUUGUGCAGAUAACUUGCGCAACUGCUUCAGAAUUUGCACCACUCUUGUACGAGGAAACUGAAUUGCACCACACCUACGGGGAAACAAAGUGGUAUGUCUCAGGCAAUGGCCAAUUGUUUGGCAUUCUGGCUAAUGGAGCCUCAAAUUUUGUAUCUGUAACCUUUGUACAGAGCUAACCCGACAGCUCACAUGAUUCUUUCUGUACAGUUCCUAUUAGAUUUUCUUUUUUAAACUUAGGUAGAUAUGAGAGUAGAUCAGAAACUGUUGUACAAUGAGGAUGAAAGAGAAGCAAAAUACGAAAAAUUGUAGCUCUCUUGAAGUAGGUCACAGGAAUAAAUAUUCUUUUUUUCUGUACUCUUACGAGAAAUUUUGUAAUUUAAAUCAUUUUUGAAGAAUCAAGAAGUCAUGUGUUGCUGGAGGUGCA